AUGGCCGAAGCUGCUCCGCCAACCGGUAUGGGCAAUCGCCAACUUCGAGAGUGGAUCCAGGAAUGGGGCAGUGCAUGGGAUUUCCUCGGCCUCGCCCCGGGCAGUGCUAUGAGUGAGGUCCUCCGCCCCACCGAAGGCACGUCCCAGCACGGCUCCGCCCUCCCCACCAAGGCGCCGCCUCCACGUUUGACAACACGAUGCGGUGGAUCUGUGGAGGCUGUGGAGAACCUAAUGGGCUUCAUCGGUAUGGCUGCAAUGGGUGCCGUCGCUCUCGACACGCUGCAGGAGAGGGCGACACACUGGAUAUGCCCCGACUGCCAGGAUGAGACGACCAUCAAAGCGAACCAGUGUUCUGGAUGUGGAUGCUGGCGGCCAAGACAUGGGUCUCUCAUCAAUAACGGCCCUGCCCCCGACGACCUGCUGGUGCACCCGAGGGCGUCCACAGACGAGCAGAUGGAAGAGGAAGGCGUCACCGCCCUCUGCCGCUACAGCCGCACCGCCCCCAGCCAGUGCCGAAGUCCGUCUACUUCGCCAAGAAAGGCCUUGGAAAAGGUAAGGGUAUGGGCGCACUGCCCGAGGGACCUCUGCCCCCUACUCCAGCCACCCCGAAAAGCUAUGCCGCACCGCCACCGGCGUCUGGUGGCCUUCAGCCUGUGGUCGACCCGCCCCAAGGGCCAGCUCCGAAGAAGGGCAGGGGCCCACAGAGGAAAGCCGUCCUAUGGCGAUUGUGGCACCGAACGGAGAGGCCCUGUGGUUCUCACUGUGCGCGAGCUUGACAUCUUGGUCAUGUGCCGCAGGGCCCUAUGCGGGUUGCAGUCAUGGGGGCGCGUGGGAGUGAUCUUCAUCCGUCGAGUGGCACAAGAUAUCCUGCACUGGGCGCACCGCCGAGGCCACAUGUCCCGGAUCCAUCUUGCAAAUCGGGACAAUCCAUGCUUUAUGGACCUACAGGAGGCACAUCCGGAACCUCAAGGCGAUCUACCGCCCCUCAGCCCUGCGACCGGAGACCAUCGCCCCCUGUUCACCUUUCAGGACUUCCUGAGGAACCCCAGCCUUGGUCAACAUUACGGGGGGAAUGAGGGGCCACCUCGCCCAGGCCGUGCCGCCCUACCCUGCAUUUACCCGGCCCCGCUCCGCCUGCUCCCGCUUGCAGAGACCUAUGCGGAAGCGGACCAAGCCCAGAAUGUUAUGGGCCGGUGGGCUAUGCAGAUCUUGGGCAAUGGGCCGGCAGUUCCGCCAGAUGAGGGCGUACCGCCUGCAGAUGGCAGUAAGGGUGCCUCCGCCCCGAGUUCGACGCCGAGUGGCAAAGGCUCCGGGAACGCUGGCAAGAGAGCCACGCACUGGUACUGCAAAAGGUGCUCCUAUGGGGUGCCAAUCACCCGCACGAUUUGCACCAUGUGCAACCGUGACAGGGAGCAAUGCGUGGUAUCUGAUGACGAGGAACCGGAGGAUGAUGUCGUCCUCAACAAAGAGGAGCUCGAGGAAGUUGCCCGGCUCGAACGAGAAUGCGCGGACCUGGAGCAAAGGAUGAGAGGCCUCAACGCCGGCCAGCAGCGGGCACUCCUGGAAAACCUCGCGAACAGCUCGAGUGCCGUGAUGGGAGGGCUUUUGGCCGAUACCAUCAGGCGCACCGCCCAGCUACGAGGGCAGAAGGGUAAAGGGGGGUCCAGCAAUGUCAAGGUGAGGGCAUCCAACGACACUGCUCGCAACGACCCCAAGUACCUGGCCGAUUUGGAGGCAGGUGUAUCCACGGCAGUGGCGUUUCAACGCCAUCGCUCCCGACUUCGUGCCGUACAACACCAGGUGGCCCAGGGCAAUGUGGC